UAGUGAGAGGCGCGGGCGUCGUGCGCAGACUUGCCGGCCUCGAAGACCCUAAAAAUUACGCCAUAAAGUCGAUUAUCCUCUGCAUUUCAGUGGUGAUAUGUGAUUUGUACAAAAUGAGUGAGGACAACACAGUGUCACAGGAUAUGAAGCGGCAAGCGGCGAUGUUCUAUAAUUCAACUGAAAGGGAACAAACAAAAGAACAGACAGGCAAAUGGUACUUUUGGCGACGAAGGCGGAUCGUCGUGGCGCUGCUGGCAUUCUUCGGCUUCUUCAAUGUGUAUGCCCUGAGGGUCAACCUCUCAGUCGCCGUGGUCGCCAUGACAGAGCCUCUGAAAACCACGCUUGAAAACGGAACAGUUGUAUAUGUUCCAGAAUUCGACUGGAGCUCCCGGACUAAAGGCCUGGUCCUCAGUUCUUUCUUCUACGGGUACAUAGUGACUCAGCUUCCGGGAGGAUGGCUCGCGGCUAAAAUAGGAGGUAACAGGGUGUUUGCCAUAGGUAUCGGCGCGACGUCGUUGCUGACGCUCCUGACGCCACCUCUAGCGUACACCAGCACUGGCCUACUUAUUGCUGUCAGGGUCGUGGAAGGACUGUUCGAGGGUGUGACGUAUCCCUGUAUCCACGCAGUGUGGUCGCGCUGGGCGCCGAGCGAGGAACGAGCUAGACUCGCGACUUUUGCCUUCAGUGGCAGCUAUGUUGGCACGGUCGUGUCUAUGCCCGUCAGUUCUCUGUUAGCUAAUUACACGGGAUGGCCCGGCAUAUUUUAUGUUUUUGGUAUAAUGGGCCUGGUCUGGACAACAUUGUGGUGGCUGGUGGUAAAGGAAUCACCGGAAAAAGACCCUCAUAUAACUCCAGCCGAACUGAAGUAUAUACAGGAUUCCCGCGGCACCCAAGCGGUGGUAGGGUCCCAGAUCCGACACCCGUGGCGCGCCAUGUUGACGUCAAGUGCGGUGUGGGCCAUCGUGUGCGCACACUUCAGCGAGAACUGGGGCUUCUACACGCUGCUCACCUUCCUGCCCACUUUUAUGAAAGACGUGUUCAAAUUCGAGACAUCGCAAACGGGCUGGGUGUCGGCGGUGCCGUACGCAGCGCUGGCGAGCGCGCUGCCGCUGGCGGGGCUCGCCGCCGACCGCCUCGUGCGCGCGCGCGCGCUCUCCACCACCAGCGUGCGCAAGCUCUUCAACUGCGGGGCCUUCUUGGCGCAGACUAUAUUUAUGGUGGCUGCAGGAUACUCCACAACAAUAGUUAGUUGUGUAGUGUGCCUCACUAUAGCUGUUGGUUUGGGAGGGUUCGCCUGGUCUGGAUUCAGUGUAAACCACCUGGACAUAGCGCCGCCGCACGCUAGCGUGUUGAUGGGUCUGUCCAACACUGUGGCCACUCUACCCGGCAUAAUCAGUCCGCCGCUGGCUGGAGCCAUCGUCACUAACAAGACGGCUGAAGAAUGGCGCAUCGUGUUCUUCAUCUCCAGCGCCAUCUAUCUGGUGGGAGCGAUAGUCUAUGGUAUAUUCGCGUCCGCUGAGAAACAAAACUGGGUCAUUGAACCCGACUCCGACGCUAGUUUCGACACAGAUGGCGCCUCUGUCACUACGAUUAGAGGUUAUGAUAAUAAAGCUUUGGACCAUUCGGAGAUGUAAAAAAAUUACAUAAUGGCGUAUAAUGAAUGAUUUGUAUUGAAGCCUUUUAAUACCGCAUUAAGUGACAGGCUUCGUUCUACAGUGGCGCCAACUGGUGAUGAAACGAGAAUUUAUUAUAUUUAUUCUAGAUUUUUGUAUAGCUUUACUUAUCAGUUUUAUCCGGCCUGCUAUACUUUUCAAAUUUUACUUUCGUGUGUUGUUUUUUUUCCAAAAAUCAUUUUUCAAAGGAUUUUAAACAAUUUAAUCUGUUUUUUUUACAAAAUAUUCAAAUGUAUGAUCGCAAAUCACAAAAUUAUGCUCAAAUGUUUGAGAGAAAUAUAUUUUUAGAUGCUAUACUUUUCUCCUAUUAGAAAAAAAUACCCUUUAUUUUUAGUAAAUUUCAUACGGAUCUGUUAUGUUAAGAUGAUUGUUUAAGCUAACAUUUAUUUUUAAAUAAUUUAUAAUAUAGAUAUACGACAUAUAUUUUUCUUUUGUUUAUGUGCGAAAGAGAUAAAGAAUCAUGUUAUUGCUCAUCUUUGUAAAAUCAAAAUCAAAUCAUUCAGAAAUUAGGCCUUCACAGGCACUUUUUCACGUCAUAUUCGUCAUAUAAAGCUACAAACUAACCUCUUUAUAUAAACAAAUUGAAAUUACUAUUAUUCGUUUAUGCACUGCGUCAAGCUAAUUUAAACUUUAUUCUAUUUAGGAAUAUAAAGAGCUCUUACAUAAAUAAAAAUUGAAACAAAUAUGUAAUUUUCUGUAUUUGUAAAUGUAUGUAUAAGUUCCUAGAUUUAGAUUGUAAGUUAUAUAAAAUAGUAAAUUAUCUAAUGUAUGUGUAAAUUUUGCAUUAAUUAUAUUGAACCUUUGCCUAUUGUGAUAAGUGUCUGUAUAUUUUGUGUAUUGGAUGCGAUAUUUACCGUUAUGUAUUCUAUCUCCGUUAUUCAUAAAACAGUUGAAGUAUACCUUAAGCUAAAGUAUGUUUUGUCACUGUCGCACUUUAUAAUAUUUGAUAUAGACAGAAAGAGACAAUACAUACUUUUAACUUAAAGUACGCUUCAAUUUUUUUAUGAAUAACAGGGUAGGUAUAUAUGUAUGUAGGUAUAAUUGUACUGGAUUGUAAAUCGUCUACACUUUUUACGUACCUGUUUUAAUCUCUUCCUUAAAAUUUAAGUAAUUGUUUUUUUUUUGUGUAUUUCCACCAUAGAUUUCUAUCAUUAACAUAUAUUUAAUGCAGUCACUUAAUUAUGACCCAAACAGAUUUUCAACAGUGACGCUAGCACGAUUAUUUGCGUAAAGACAAUAUACAAAAUUUAUAAAAUAAAAAUAAAUAAAAUAAUUUUCAAUAUUUAUAGGAACUAACACCCAUGAAUUGAUAUAUCAUAAAUUAUAUAGAAAAUUAUUAAUAUAUUUAUACUCGGCAGUACAUAUUACUAUAUUUAUACUCAACACUUACUACUAAAUUUUCAGCCAGUGUCAAAGAAUGUUAAGAAUAUACAUCACAUUUACAAAUCACCAUCACACAGUCAAUAAUAAUAAGAUAAGCCACGACAUGGUUAAUCAAAUAUAUAGUGUUUAAACGUAAAUAUAUUAUUGUAACAGGGAAUAUUUGCUAGUGAUAUGACAAAAAUAUCAGUCGCUAUUUUGUACAAGUGAUUUUUAUUUUAUGAUAAAUAUAAGCUUGAUUGAUUUUGCAA